GGAGAAGUAGAAGAGGAAGCGGGUGCCAGCGGGAAAUUCCUGAAUGACAGGAUCCUUUCCAGAGGGCAGGAAUUCUCCUCUGUGAACUCGGGCGCCCCAGGCCACCCCUCCUCCCGCUCCGGAGGCCUGAGAAACUAGACGGGAAACUGAGGCACAGAAAGGGCCUGCAGGCCCGAGCCAGGGCCAUGCUGAAGAUGAUGACCUUCCAAGGCCUCCUGGGCCAGCAUCCCAUGCCAAGGACCCCCGACUUCCUUGGACACCCCCAGAAGUUGCCCUCCACCUCAGAGGUGGACUCUGAGGCCUCCAUGUCUGAGGCCUCCUCUGAGGACCUGGUGCCAGCCCUGGAGGCCAGGGUCGCCCCGGAGCCAGAGGGCGAAGAGGCUGUGGAGGAGAAGGAAAAGAAGAAGAAGCCGAAGGGACUGGCCAGCGUGUUCAGCAUAUUCAAAGGGAGGAAGAGGAAGAAGGAGAAGAGCUCACCCAGCUCGGGGCAGCCCGAGCCCGGGCCAGGGCUGAACAGCCCACCGCCCACAGUGGAGGAGCUCAAGGCGGCACUGGAGGCCGGACGGCUGGAGGCUGCAGGACUCCUGCUGGCGCUGGAGCAGGAGUUAGUGGCCAUGGCGAUGGCGGGUGGCAUGGAUGAAGAGGAGCUGGUGCGGCGGCAGAGCAAGGUAGAGGCGCUGUACGUGCUGCUGCGUGACCAGGUGUUGGGCCUGCUGCGGAGGCCACUGGACACUGCGCCCGAGCGCCUGCACCAGGCACUGGCCGUGGUGGCCGAGCAGGAGCGCGAGGACCGGCGGGCGGCUGAGGCCGGGCCUGGGGCGGCGACACUGGCAACCACACGUCCUCGAUGCUGGCUGCAGCAGUGGCGGCACACCGUGGCUGUGGUGGCUGCUGAGCGCAUGGGAGUGCGGCCGGCCACCGGCACAGAGGGCCGCUCAGAGAUGGAGGGUGCCUUCCUGCACAUGGGCCGCACCAUGAAAGAGGACCUGGAGGCUGUGGCAGAGCGGCUGAGGCCGCUGUUCCCGGCCGAGUUUGAUGUUGUGGGCACCUACGCACGCAGCUACCACGAGCACUUCGCAGCGCACGCAGCCACCCUGGCGCAGUUCGAGCUAUGUGAGCGUGACGCCUACCUGCUGCUGCUCUGGGUGCAGAACCUCUACCCCAAUGACAUCCUCAGGAGCCCCACGCUGGCGGCUGAGCUGCAGGGUGUGAGCCUCGGGAGCCUGCUGCCCCCCAGGCAGAUCCGGCUGCUGGAGGCCUCGUUCCUGUCCAAUGAGGUGGACAAUGUGAAGGAGCUGAUGGCCCGGGCCUUGGAGCUGGAGUCGCAGCGCUGGACCCAGGAUGUAGCUCCACAGAAGCUGGACGGCCACUGCCACAGCGAGCUGGCCAUCGACAUCAUCCAGAUUGUCUCCCAGGGCGAGGCCAAGGCCGAGAACAUCACCCCCGACCUGGGCCUGCAGAUUAAGCAAGUGCUGCUGGUGGAGCUGGCCACCUUCCUGAGGAGCUACCAACGUACCUUUGAUGAAUUUCUGGAGAGAGGCAAACAGCUGAAAAAUUACAGGGCCAACGUUAUUGCCAAUAUCAACAACUGCCUGUCCUUCAGGACAUCCAUAGAGCAGAACUGGCAGGUACUGCAGGACCCCCAGAGGCAACUGCUGGACCCCCUGAGUGAAAUCAAGAGCCACGGCUUUGACAUCCUGCUCCAGAACCUGUUCGUGGACCUGAAGCCUCUGUUCAAGAGGUUCACGAAGACCCGCUGGGCGGUGCCUGCUGAGACCCUGGAGGAAAUCCUCGCCACUGUGGAUGGACGGCUGCCGGAGUUCUGGAAACUGCAGGACUGCUUCCGGGAGGAGCUCAUGGAGGCUGUGCACCUGCACCUGGUGAAGGAAUACAUCAUCCGCCUCAGCAAGCGCCAACUGGUCCUCAAGACGGCCGAGCAGCAGCAGCAGCUGGCGAGUCACAUCCUGGCCAAUGCUGACACCAUCCAGCUCUUCUGCAAACAGAACGGCUCCCCUGCAAGCUGGCUGCACCCCGCCCUUCCCACAAUGGCAGAGAUCAUCCGCCUGCAAGACCCCAGUGCCAUCAAGAUGGAGGUGGCCACCUAUGCCACCUCAUACCCUGACUUCAGCAAAGGCCACCUGAGCGCCAUCCUGGCCAUCAAGGGAAACCUCUCGAGCAGUGAAGCCAAGAGCAUCCGGAACAUCCUGGACAUCAACAUGGGCGUGCAGGAGCCCUCCCGGGCCCUGUUUUCACUGAUAAAGGUUGGGUAGUUUUUCCUGCGCUCUGACCUGCUUGUGAGCACCCAGCAAGCAGGUCACCCACCCCACUUGGAGGCUGUCUAGAUGCGCUGGCUCCAGCAUCCCUCAUGGACCUAUUGCGUUCCCCUGCCGCUUCUGCCCAGCAGGGUCUGGGGCGGGCCCUGAACCUGGCAGAGCCCGGUGUGUGCGCGUCAGGUGGAACGAGAGUGCACCAAGGAGCUGUGUGGAAAUGACCGCAGCUGCUGCACACAGCAGGGAGCUGGGGUCCUGGGCCACCCCUGCCCUCUCUAGUGUGGCUCCCAGGGUCCUCCUGAUGGGUGGGGCUCGGUGCCCCUCUGGCUCACAGCCCCUCGAGCCAGUCCACCGUGAACUGGGUGCAGCAGGUCUGGCUGCAGACAGAACUGGAAGGGAGCUCAGCAGGUCUGGGACAGGGCGUGUGGCUAGUGUCAGCUGCCCUUGGGGCUCAGGCCCAGACCCCAACCCUCCUGCCUCUCCUGGGGCUUCCCCAAGAGGGUCCCGGGAGGCUCUGGCAUCCACCACAGCCGGGCCUUGCAGAUCCACCCUGUCCCUGCUCGGAGGCUCCAGGGGAGAGGCCUCCCUGCUGCUUCCGAGUUCGUCAGCCUCCGUUUGUUGCCUCUGGCUCUUCCUCCUUCAAAGCCAGGGCUGGCCCGCCAUGCCCUUCCCACAUCCUCCUGCCUCCACUCCCGGGGAUCCUUGUGAUGAUGCUGAGCUCACCUGGAGACUCCCAAUCUCCUCCCUGCUUUAGGUGGUGUGCAUCGUUGGGGAUCUUUAUGCUGCUCACCCCAGCUCUGCUCAGCCUCUGCCCGGGCACAGGCCCCGUUCUGCCCCAGGGAAACAAAUCCAGUUUCCAUGCCAGGCCUCUGCUACCCGGAAAGCACUGGCCCUGCCUGGGCCUGACAGUGCCCGGAUCCAGGCCAACCGAGGCCCCCUGUGCCUCAGGGCGUGCAGAGCUGGGGAUCAGAGCCAGCUCUUUGGAGUGGUCCCCUUCUCCCAGGUCCUGCCUUACACAACCAGAGCCGAGCUGGCUGGUGGCGCACACCUGCAACCCCAGCUACUUGCACCCUAGUGAGACGCCGCCUCACAAUUUUUUUAAAAGUGGGGUGCUGCUGGUAUAGCUGAGUGGAAUCCCACAUGCUCUCGGCCCUGGCUCCGUCACCACUAUUGCAAAGAAAGGAAAUGUGGCUGGGAGCUAGCUGGCCCGUGUGAGGAACGCACUAAGGAUUUUGUGUAUUUGUAGGAGUUGCCUUCUAUGAUGUUGUUAAUAUUAUUUUUUAUUGUAUGCUUUUGUAUGUAAAAUCUGGGUUUUUAUAGUGUGAUAUAAAAAGCUGUUUUCAAACGUGA